GCGAACUCGGCGGCGGCAGUCGGCGGCGGUCCUUUGAACGGUUCGAACGUUCCCGUGAACGUCGCGGAAAGGCACGGCGUGCUCCGGGCGGAUCGUCAGAGGGACAAACCUGAACACGGGAAUGAGGCAAUUCACCAGGUCGACGGUCUCUUGAAUUCUUCAGCGACACGCACGUAUAGAAGGGGACGCACCAGGGACGAACGAUACUCGGCGCGAUUCGAGUAACAGAAGCACGAGAUAACAUAUAUCAACAACAGUGUGUAAGCCACGAUGACUUUGGAAAACGACAAAGCGCCGACGGAGUUGGAUACCUUCCUGCCUCAGGAUGGAUCCAAUCUCAAGGAUGGAGUCCUAUCUGCCAAAUAUAAAGUACAAGUUGCUCCAAAAGACGUCGAAGCCGCAAUACCUGAUGAGAAGAGUUUUGACCCCUUUGGAGAACGCAAAGUUGACAAUCCGACGACGGACUGCGAUACAUUGACGCACUUAUUGAAGGCCUCCCUCGGCAGCGGGAUCCUGGCUAUGCCUAUAGCAUUCAAAAGUGCCGGAUUGCUCCUGGGUAUCUUUGCUACGAUACUCGUAGCCUUCGUUUGCACGCACUGCGCGUAUAUUCUGGUCAAAUGCGCGCACGUGCUUUACUACAAAACCCGAAAGACGGAAAUGGGAUUCGCCGAGGUGGCCGAGACGGCUUUCGAGUUGGGACCUCAGUGGGCGAGGAAGUUCGCGAAACCUUCCAGACAUCUCAUUCAAAUCAGUCUGUUUAUCACGUACUUCGGCACCUGCAGCGUGUACGCGGUGAUCGUGGCCGCCAAUUUCAAACAGAUCAUCGAGCACUAUCAAGACAACGACGCCGGCGAAUACAGCAUCCGGUUGAUCACGACCUAUUUGUUGAUACCGAUGAUUCUGCUCAGUUGGGUGCCCGAUUUGAAAUACCUGGCGCCGGUUUCUAUGGUGGCAAACAUCUUCAUGGGCACCGCUGGUAUAACGUUUUACUAUCUCGUAUGGGAUAUGCCGCCGUUGUCUUCCGUACCGCUGGUAGGGACGAUCGAGAGCUUCCCGCAGUUCUUCAGCAUCACCAUCUUCGCUAUGGAGGCGAUCGGCGUAGUCAUGCCUCUGGAGAACAGUAUGAAGACGCCGCAGCACUUUGUGGGAAUCUGCGGAGUUCUCAAUAAGGGGAUGUCCGGGGUCACGCUUGUGUACAUUUUCCUUGGAUUCCUUGGAUACGUCAAGUAUGGGGACGAGACGAUGGGUAGCAUCACCCUUAAUCUACCUACGGAAGAAAUAGCGGCUCAAGUGGUGAAGAUCCUGAUUGCUCUGGCUGUUUUCUGCACUUUCGGCCUACAGUUCUACGUGUGCCUCGACAUUGGGUGGACCUUUAUAAAACAUCGCUUCGAGAAGAAACCGCUGUUAGCUAAUUACAUCAUGAGGACGGUGCUAGUGUGCGGCUCAGUUCUUCUCGCGAUAGCAGUGCCGACUAUCGAACCGUUCAUUGGACUGAUCGGUGCCUUUUGCUUCUCCAUUUUGGGCCUCCUCAUUCCGGUGUUCAUCGAGACGGUGACUUACUGGGACGUCGGCUUCGGGCCGGGAAAUUGGGUGGCCUUAAAGAAUGUAAUUAUAUGCGUGAUAGGUGUGAUGGCACUGAUAUUUGGAUCGCGCAGCGCCAUAACGGACAUUGUAAAAUUGUAUGCUUGAUGGAAAGAAUACUUUUCAUUUUUAUUUAGUGCAAAUGA